ACAUGUGCUAACCUCCCAGUUUUGUAUAAAACCCGAGCGAAACAUUCAACAUAUUUCACAACUGUGUUGCAUUCCUCAUAUAAAACAACAUAAACUAUUAAAUCAGUACAUAUAACUACCCAAAAUGGGUACUCUAACUGAAAGUGAAUUGUACUGUGAUGUGGAAGACAAAUUAUCCACAAUAAACAUCUCUCAACAAACUGAAAACACCACAACUUCAAAAGAAUCCAUUAAACUUCAAGAAAAUGAACAAUUUGAAGAAUAUUAUGAAGAUGACUUCGAUGACGAUGUCGACGAUGAAGAUGAAGACUACUUCUACCCUGAAGAAACCAAUGUCAAGAAUCAAAUGCAUUCAAACACUCAAACUACCUCCAACAAAAUCUCCAGUUACCAACCAAGUGAGAAACUCUUCACUAAAUAUUCACAUAAGAUAAAUAUAGAUAAAUACAGCUUGCCAACUAAAGCUGCUAGUACCUUGGAACAAACUGAGAGAAAGAUAGAUAAUGAAAGAAUGAGAUUAAAAGAUAAACAGGAUAGAGCAACAGCAGAACAAGUUAUGGAUCCAAGAACAAGGAUGAUUUUGUUUAAACUAUUGAAUAGAAACAUGAUCACUGAGAUCAAUGGGUGCAUAUCAACUGGCAAGGAAGCAAAUGUUUAUCAUGCAGUGGAUAAAGAAGAUAAACAAUUUGCUAUUAAGAUUUUUAAAACUUCUAUUUUGGUGUUUAAAGACAGAGAUAAAUAUGUAAGUGGAGAGUUUAGAUUCAGACAUGGUUACUGCAGGCACAAUCCAAGGAAGAUGGUGAAAACUUGGGCAGAAAAGGAAAUGAGGAAUCUGGUUAGGAUGCAUAAUAACAAACUAAAUGUUCCUGAACCUAUUUUGUUGAGAUCACAUGUACUGGUGAUGUCAUUCAUAGGUAAAGAUGGAUGGCCAGCUCCCAAAUUAAAAGACGUCGAGUUGUCUGAGUCCCGCGCUAGGCAAAUCUACCGUGACAUUGUAAUAAUAAUGUGGAAAAUGUACAAUAAAUGUAAACUCGUGCACGCCGAUUUGAGCGAGUUCAAUUUACUGUACAUGGACGGCGAAAUCUUUGUAAUUGAUGUCAGUCAAGCCGUGGAACAUGAUCAUCCGCAUGCAUUGGAGUUUUUGAGGAAAGAUUGCACGAAUAUUACCGAUUAUUUCCGUAAAGCGGGAGUUGCGUGCAUGACACUGAAGGAACUUUUCGAUUUUAUAACAAAUCCGACCAUUACCGAUGACAAUAUGGAAGAAUGCUUGGAGAAUUUGGCGGAGACUGCUGCGAAUAGGCCAGCUAUAAGUGCUGAACAACAAGUAGAAGAGGAAGUUUUUAAGAAUGCAUACAUCCCGAAACGUUUAACUGAAGUUAUUGACUUUGAGAGGGAUAUUACACAAGCAAAGGCUGGUGAUAAUGACUUGGUUUAUAAAACAUUAAUUGGACUCAAAGGGGAUUUGAGUGGAACAAUUGAUAAACCUGAAAUAUUGGAAAACGACGACAGUGAAGACGACGAUGAAGAAGAAGAUGAUGACGAAAGUGUUGGAAGUAAAUUUGUAGAUGCUUCGAGACCCAAAGGUGAAAAUGCCGAUGAGAAGAAGGCGAGGAAAAAGGCCAUAAAGGAUGCACAAGCUGAGAAGAGAAAAACGAAGAUCAAGAAACAUAUUAAAAAGCGAAAAGAGAAAGUUACUAAAAAAUGAUUCAGCAUAAUGUAAUAAAUAAUAAUAAUAAUUGUGUUUUUGAUUAAAUGAUUGAUGAUAUUUAAAAA